CUGAGGAGAUUUUUCUUAGUGUUUUACUGUUUGGCGGUUUUUCUGUUUAGACAUUAGUGACAUUAGUUUUAUUUAAUGUUACAGGAUGUUACAGUCACACAGUGAGGCGUUUAUGUGAGAUUAAGCUUUUAUGGGCUUCGAUGUGCCUGAUGUUUUAAAUCAAAGUAACGGUAACUUUUUGUUUUUCAGGACGUUAGCUAGCAAUAUUAGCUGCGCGCGCGCACAGCCUUUUACUAUAAACAAACAAAAGGAGAACUGCUGCAGUUUAUAGUUUAAAGUGAACGGUGAGGUGUUUAAAUUGUACGGUGAGGUGUUUAAAGUGAACCGUGAGGUGUUUAAAGUGAACAGUGAGGUGUUUAAAUUGUACAGUGAGGUGUUUAAAUUGUACAGUGAGGUGUUUAAAGUGAACAGUGAGGUGUUUAAAGUGAACAGUGAGGUGUUUAAAGUGAACAGUGAGGUACAGUGAGUUGUGUAAGUGUACAGUGAGGAACAGUGGGGUGUUUAAAGUGAACAGUGAGGUGUUUAAGUGUACAUUGAGGAACAGUGAGGUGUUUAAGUGUACAGUGAGGUGUUUAAGUGAAGAGUGAGGAACAGUGAGUUGUUUAAGUGAAGAGUGAGGAACAGUGGGGUGUUUAAGUGAAGAGUGAGGAACAGUGGGGUGUUUAAGUGAAGAGUGAGGAACAGUGGGGUGUUUAAGUGAAGAGUGAGGAACAGUGGGGUGUUUAAGUGAAGAGUGAGGAACAGUGGGGUGUUUAAGUGAAGAGUGAGGAACAGUGGGGUGUUUAAGUGAAGAGUGAGGAACAGUGGGGUGUUUAAGUGAAGAGUGAGGAACAGUGGGGUGUUUAAAGUGAAGAGUGAGGAACAGUGGGGUGUUUAAGUGAAGAGUGAGGAACAGUGGGGUGUUUAAGUGAAGAGUGAGGAACAGUGGGGUGUUUAAGUGAAGAGUGAGGAACAGUGGGGUGUUUAAAGUGAACAGUGAGGUGUUUAAGGUGAACAGUGAGGUGUUAAAAUGGGGAUUCAGGGACUGCUGCAGUUUCUAAAGGAGGCUUCAGAGCCGGUUCAUGUGCAGAAAUACCGCGGACACACUGUGGCUGUAGACACUUACUGCUGGCUGCAUAAAGGAGCUUUCUCCUGUGCUGAGAAACUGGCUAAAGGAGAACCCACAGACCAGUUUGUAUUGUACUGUAUGAAGUUGGUGGACAUGCUCCUGUCCUAUGGUGUUAAACCGGUACUGGUGUUUGAUGGACGAAACCUUCCGUCAAAACAGGAAGUGGAGAAAGCUCGACGAGAACGUCGUCAGGCCAAUCUACAGAAAGGCAAGCAGCUGCUGCGAGAGGGGAAAGUGGCUGAGGCUCGAGACUGUUUCACACGCUGUGUUAACGUCACACCCUCCAUGGCACAUCAAGUUAUCAAGGCAGCAAGGGCACGUGGUGUGGACUGUUUGGUGGCUCCGUAUGAAGCUGAUGCUCAGUUGGCGUUCCUGAAUAAAUCAGGAAUCGCUGAGGCCAUCAUCACUGAGGACUCAGACUUGCUGGCAUUCGGUUGUAAAAAGGUUAUAUUAAAGAUGGAUAAGCAGGGGAACGGUCUGGAGAUAUCACAGUGUCACCUGGGCCGCUGCCGCUCUCUGGGAGACGUCUUUACCGAGGAGAAGUUCCGCUACAUGUGUAUCCUGUCAGGGUGCGAUUACCUUCCAUCACUUUACGGCAUUGGUCUGGGGAAAGCAUGCAAGCUGCUCAGGAUGGCCAACAAUCCCGAUAUCCUCGCGGUGAUCAGAAAGCUCGGCCAGUACCUAAAGAUGAACAUCACCGUACCCGACGAGUACAUCGAUGGCUUUGUAAAGGCCAACAACACGUUCCUCUAUCAGCUCGUCUUUGACCCCAUCAACAGAAAAGUAUUGCCUCUUAACCCUUACCCAGAAAACCUGGACCCCAGCACGCUCAGCUAUGCCGGAGUGAACGUUGGAGAUAAGCAGGGCCUGCAGAUGGCUCUGGGUAACGUGGACAUUUACACCAUGGAAAGGAUCGACGAUUUUAAUCCCGAUGCUCCUGUAACACGGCCUGUUAAAGCUCCUCGCAGUCGAGGCUGGAGUGACCCUGCCCCAGUCUCCACCUCAACUCGUGUCAGUAUCUGGAGCAGAGUUUAUGUACCAGGCAGCGUCCAGCCCCAGACUCCAUCCUCCCCACAGAGACCUGCUCAAACCAGAAGCAAGGACACCGUCACGUCCCUGAGGGGCCUCAAACUGCCCUACAGAGAACCACCAGUCAAGAGACCACGACAAGACUCUGCUGUUUCAGACGAAGACAUGUUAAAGCAGUACUCAUCCAAUACAAAGAAACUGUGCACAGUAACCAUGGAAACAAAGAACAGCAUUCCUAAGGAGACAAAACAUUUCCAGAGAGAGUCUCAUCGGCCCCGGAACCGAUUUGCCACAUUGCUGCAGUGGAGGAACCAAUUAGAGGAUGGGGAUGGAGAGCAGGAGGGAACACGCAGCAGGUUCUUUGCGAGCUCUGAUAUCACUGAAACUGAAUCUAAUGAAUCAAAGAAAGAAUCCGAUAACUGUAAGGAAUCGGACCACACCCUGUCACUAGCUGGAGAAACACUCAGCACACAGAUGGAGACAGAGAUGCCACCACAGCAUGCCAGCCUGAGUGCUUUCAGCUGGUCCUGCAGCUCCACAGAAACUUCCAGAACCUUAUCCUUAACGCUGGACCGACCCAGAACUCCCAGCAUGUCCUCAGGCCUCUCUGUCCUGCACCAGUUCCAGAGGAAGAAGGAGAACAUCACCUGGGCACAGACUGAAUCUCCUCAGCACUCUGCACCCUGCUCUCCUACAGAGGGCGCCGUUGAUACUGAAACGCCUCCAGGUUCUCCUCCGUCUCAGGACAGUGCGUAUUUCUCUCAGUCCUGCAGCAGUCACUCCAUCAGUGAAGACUUCAAUGCCAGCACUCAGAGUGGAACAACCUCACCCGAGACGGAGAAGGAUCUGUGGAGGGAUUCAGGAUGUUCUGUGACUCUCAGUGAGGCGUCUGCGAUGGAUGAGGUCAGAUCUACCCCCACCAGGACCAAGGUGUCCGGUUUGUCCCGAAUCCGUCCCAUCGCUCAGGAGAAGGGCAGUAAGAUCCGCCCCUCUGCUCCGGCCAGGGCGAGUGGUUUGAGGAAGACUCAGGGGAAGAAGGUCACCAAUGAGAACAGCCCAGGACUGCAGGCCACCAUCAGUGGUCUGUGGAAAAACUUCAGCUUUAACAAGGAGAACCCAAAGUUAAACCCCUGUAAGAAAGGAAAACCCAUGUCUCCGGUGAAGGACAAUGUGCAGUAACAUGAUGGUCACUACCUCAGGACGAGUGUGUGAACUGGGGUCAUAGAGCUGUAAACUGGUAGAGUGGGCAUCCCUUAGUGCUCUCACUCACUCUUGCACUCUCUCUCACACACACACACACACACUCCCUCUCUUGCACGCUCUCUCACACUCUCUCUCUCUCUCUCUCUCUCUCUCUCUCUCUCUCUUGCACAUACUCUCACACACACACUCUCUCUCUCUCACACACACACACUCCCUCUCUUGCACGCUCUCUCACACUCUCUCUCUCUCUCUCUCUUGCACAUACUCUCACACACACACACACUCUCUCUCACACACUCUCUCUCUCACACACACACACUCUUUUGCACUCUCACACACGUGCUCUCUCUCUCACACACACACACACACACACACACACACAAUCUCUGUGCAUUAGCGUGGAUUCUGAUCUUAGCUCUACGCUGAUUAAACGUGUUAAACAUACUGUGUAUGUCGAGGACUUACUUUUUACACUUUAAUAAUGAAUAAAAUAUCUGUACAUUU